CUCGUCGUUCGAUGAAUACGAUCUCUCGCUAAAUUUCUUUACAUAAAUAUUCGUGUAUGGUUGCGCUGAAACUGAGUGAUCGUUGCCGUCAAGGUUAGAUAAUCAAAAGCGCCAAACAGUAUUUUCGAUAAGAAAAUUUUCGAUCCAGCAUGUGAAUUGAGGCUCAACGGUAACGAUAUAUUUCUUUUCGAUGUUUUGCUUACAACAUGCGAGGAAAACUAACGCCAUAGUAUUGGUUAAUUUCUUCUCGAAGGCUCAUUACUCUCGACGAAGUGACAAAAACACUAACACUUACAAAGUCGUUCGAACAAAUAGUGAAAAUUUAGAUGAUGUAGAUGGUACUGUGCUUGGAAUUAACUCCAACUGGGAGUUAUUAACACCGAGAGGCUUUAGAUUUUACAUGCCAGGAAGCAUUGGCCCUGGCUGGUCGGACGUAACUACCACUGCCCAUGUGAAAACUCAAUUAGUUAGUUUUCCAAAUGACAAGAUCAAUGUGGACGAGGAGUCCAAUGAAACCUCUUGUCCAUCAAAUCGCUUUAGAGGCAACCAGCAAAGACCAUUGCUUCGUUGUGUUGCACAAGAUUGUCCCUUACUAUUGAGAAAAGGUAUAGGGGAACUUUUCCAAGGAUGCUUGGAUAUUGCUUCAGCACAGCUGACUGUGAUCACCAUCAGCCAAGCAGUGAACACGAAACAGAUGAGAUGGAAUAGAGAUCUAGAGACAGAAAAGUUAACUAAAUAUUUUGUGUUGGCAGCAUCAGAUAUUUGUACAAAACUGCAGGCAAUGGGAUAUUGGGCAGAUUUUAUCAAUCCUUUUAGUGGACAGCCACACUUGAAUUUGCAAAAGAGUAGUACCCUUUAUAAAACGGACGAGCGAUUUCGUUGUUUAGGAUUUAAAAUAUUUCACAGAAAUAAUUGUAAAGUUAUUUUAUACGACAAUAACGUGAGAAACUUCCUAGGUAGCCUUUAUACCACGGCACCCUCCAACGCAGAGUUCUUGGAAAAAAUUCUGCGCGAAUUCGAGCUCGAAAACGUGAACGAAGCGUCAUAAAGAGAGAUAUUAUCGAUAAAGCAUAUGUUUGAACGCGUUAUAUCGCAACACUUUUAUCGUUCGAUACAGAUGUAGCAUAAACCGUUGGAUUAUCCUGUAUAAAUUAUAAACAGAAAGAGUGUUUGGAACAGU